UGUUGUAUCGAGGAGUCGCACGUGUUUACUUCUGUAUUUGAACCUCCAAAGAUUUUACAUAUAAAUUGUAAAAAUGCCGCGCUCCAAACGUGAUAAGAAAGUUUCGUUGACCAAAACUGAUCGCAAGGGCCUGGCAUGGAAACAGCGCAUCAUAGAUGACAUACGCUUUUGCGUGGAAAAGUAUCCAAAUAUAUUUGUGUUUCAAGUGCAGAAUAUGCGUAACAACCUGCUAAAAGAUCUAAGACAAGAAUGGAAGCGUAAUUCUCGUUUUAUAUUUGGCAAAAAUCGUAUAAUGCAAAUAGGAUUGGGUCGCACAAAGGCAGAGGAAGUGGAGGCGGAUCUGCACAAGCUUUCGAAGCGCCUAACAGGCCAAGUGGGUCUGCUUUUCACAGAGAAAACCAAGGAGGAAGUACUGGAAUGGGCUGAGAACUACUGGGCAGUAGAAUAUGCGCGUAGCGGUUUUGCAGCAACUGAAACGGUUACAUUGUCUGCCGGCCCGCUGGAGGAGUUUGCUCAUUCAAUGGAGCCGCAUUUACGAUCAUUGGGUUUGCCGACGAAGCUAGAGAAGGGCAUUGUUACCAUCUACAGCGAUUACACGGUGUGUGAAGAGGGCAAGGUGCUCACACCGGAACAAGCGCGUAUCUUAAAGCUGCUAGGCAAGCCAAUGGCCAAAUUUCGUUUGACAAUGAAGUGCUCGUGGAGCAAGAAGGAUGGUUUCCAGCUGCAUGUGGAAGAUAAUGUAGAGGAAGAACAAGAAGACAGCGCUAUGGAGCAGGACGAAGAGGAUGAUGAGGACGAGAAUGAAGAAGAGUAACUAGCUAAUUAGUAAUUAAGUUAAUGUUUAUGUAU